UCUAUGCGGAAGUGACUGCGGAAGAACCGCUUACUUCCUGAAAAGUACCGGGGCUCGGGCUAGCGCUUUCUUUUUGUACAUAAUAUAGCAGCUUUGCACGGCAUUUAAACAUGUCGAAGAACACGGUGUCGGACCGCUUUAGGAAGGUGGACGUAGACGAAUAUGAUGAAAACAAGUUUGUGGACGAAGAGGAGAAAGGUGGAGACAAUCAGCUGGGUCCGGAUGAGGCCGAGGUCGAUUCCCUCAUUAGACAAGGGAACAUGAUGGGUGCUCUACAGGCCGCACUGAAGAACCCACCAAUCAACACCAAGAACCAGAACGUAAAGGACCGGGCUGAGGGUCUGGUACUGAAAGUCCUUACUGCCUUUAAGACUAGCGAUAUCGAGAAGGCGGUGCAAUCCCUGGAUAAGACUAAAGUGGAUCUGCUUAUGAAGUACAUCUACAAAGGGUUUGAAAAACCAUCAGAGAACAGCAGUGCAGUGCUGCUCCAGUGGCAUGAGAAGGCACUUUCCGUAGGUGGUGUGGGCUCCAUUGUGCGAGUGCUCACAGCUAGAAAAACCGUGUAACACCUUCCAUCAGGACGCCUUGGCAGCACUGGCACAGGGAUUGGCUGGCACAACCUCAGUGCCAGGCUUAUCAUUACACUGUGGAGGAUGUCAGCCUCUCUCUCUCUCUCUCUCUCUCUCUCUCUCUCUCUCUCUCUCUCUCUCUCUCUCUCUCUCUUCUCUUCUUUUGAUUUUUCUGUUGUUUUUUUUAUUUUUUAUUGUCAUUAUAUUCUUCCCGUUCUGGGUUUCAUCCCGAGACAGCAAAGUAUAGCAGCUCAGAUCUGUGUAUCACCUAAACAGCAUCAUUCCUGUUAAGUGGAUUUGCAGAUCUGAUGUCUGUUCUUCACAUGUUUACAAAAGCAGAUGUUUUCCUCUAACUCCAUCUGCUCCGCCUUUACAUCCCAACAAACUGCUCCAAUAGUUUCCAUUAAAUUCAUUCAGUCAUUCCCGUGUAUGGUUAUAUAUAUAGUGGGGCGUGUAAAUGUUAUAGGUAUGACUGUACACUGUCGUCAUGUAUGUUUUGUCCUGUUAGAUGAACCAUUAUACAGUCUCUCACCCUACAAACAGCUACCUAAUGCUGAUCAGCUCACACAAGGGCACGGACAGCGAACACGUGUGCUUAAGAAAUCUGCAGGGCCUGAAUCUGGUGCUUUGGCGCUAAUACGUGUCAGUUAAAUGACUUUAAAAGUAAUUCAUCACGGUACGACAUCCCACACCGGCCUCAAUGCUUAGCAUACUUUCCUGGUUAUAAGUCCCACUGGAGUAUACGAAGCUUCUGCUUUUUCUGUGACUGUGUCUUUACAAUGUGUUUUCUGAAUGGAUCUUUUUCUCAUCUGUGUGUAGUUAUGCUGAAGCAGCUACCUGACUUGCAGAAAACUAUGCCUGUAUCUUACAAACACCUGUAAGACAAAUGGUUUAGCCACAAUAAAGAAUAUAAUGUUUGGUUAUAAUUCGCGGUAGGACGGCAUAUCGUUAUAUAAAAGUAAGUACACCGAGGUAUGACCUGCCGAUAGACAUCACUAUAAAUAUCCAGGUGUGUAACUGUCUUGGGGUGAAUUUUUCUAAACUACUAGAUCGAAGAGCGGGAAAUGCGUAACAGUUUUACUAUCUAAAUAACUGAAAAGUAAUAUAGCCAUAUAUAUGAGUUGGACGGCUGUAAUGCGGAGGAGGCCACAUCACACUGUUGCCUAGCAGCAUUUCUCUCUCUUGAAUGUUGAGCGUAGUAAUUAUCAACUUCCCAUUUUAAAAGCGCUCUUUAAAAGACCGCAAUGCUUCACGGUUUUCUUGCAAUACCGUUCCAACCGCGAGUUCUAGCUAAACAUUUUGGCUUUAUUUUAUUACUGACAGCUUGUUCCUCAAGGAUGCUGGUUUAGGAUCAGCUCUUUAUCAAGGUUUCAUUUAUUUGAUCAGGACAGGACAAGCCAAAGACUGAUCCAGCAUCAGCAUUGCAGACUUCUGAUCAAAUAAAAUGCAUUGAGCAUUGUACUGAAACAUGUUUAUGUAUAUGAUCACAUGUAGGCAUUAUUUUGGGUCUAGUCUUUACUCUGUAAUCUGCUGUUUAGUUUAGAAGAUAUAGGAGCUGACUUCUGAACACAAAUAUUCAGAGAGGGUUUGUGUCUGUGUGGAUAUUCCCUCGAGUACUGCAUUGUAUUGGUGGAAUCAAACAUUUCCACCUGAAGUGUGUAUUUAGGGAAUGUUCUUAGUGUAGCCUUUAUGUACUCCAUCAAAGAAGCCAUAUGUUAUGAGCAGACUGACAUGGCUGAGAGGUUCUAGUUGUGCAUAUCACACAUUUGAUCAAGUGCGAAUAUAACGUACCAGUUUACCGACUGCCUUAUGAAUUAUUCCUUUUAUAAUAUGUUGUCUAUUUGGAAGCAAUAAAAAUUGUAUCGAUUGAAAA